AUGGCUCCGAGUGCUCUCAAAUCACGCCCCGCCUCCGAAUCAGGAGCUGCAGGGUCGAAGCAUCCCAAGCUUACUCUCCUGGAGGACAGCGACUCCGACUCGGAUGGCGGGGCACAGAUUGAAGAAGCGGGCGGCUUCAAGGUGAAUGAAGAGUACGCUCGGCGAUUCGAACACAACAAGAAGCGCGAGGAGCAGCACAGACUGGAAGAAAAGUACAAGAAAGACCCACGCCGUGCCGCCAAAGACGGCGCCGACAGCGAUGGCGACGAGUCGUCUUCAUCAAACGAAACCGAGGACGAGGAGGGCUUCUUGGCGACCGAAGACUUGGACGCCCAGAUCUCCGCUACUCUGCACGCGAUUCGAAACAAGGACCCCCGGGUCUACGAUAAGAACGUCACAUUUGUCAAGCUACCCGACGAAGAGGCUCUGGCCGCAGGAAAGGAGAAGAAGGAGAAGCCCGUGUACCUGCGCGACUACCAAAGAGAAAAAAUCCUGCGCGGCGACGUCGGUGCUUCUGACGACGAGGAAGACUCCCCACGGACGUACGCGGAGGAGCAAGAUGCCUUGAGGAAAUCAAUCGUGUCCGAAAUCCAUGCCACACAUGGAGAAGAGGACGAGAGCUCCGACGACGAUGGCUUCAUGAAGAAAAAGGAGUCGGCAAAAGCCAAUUCCAACGGGGUCCAUCCCUCGAGGGCCACGACGCUGAAGAUGUCUGAACUGGACGUCGCCAACGCCAACAAGAACCCAGAGACCUUCUUGUCUAAUUUCUUGGCUUCGCGGGCCUGGAUUCCCGAGGAGGGCGGUAAAUGGAAGGCAUUCGAGUCAGACGACGAUGACGACAACGACAUGGCCGAUGAAUGGGAGCAGGCAUACAACAUGCGGUUCGAAGAUCCCGCCAAGAGCAACGAGGUUCUGAAAUCCUACGCCCGAGACUUUGCGGCCGCACGAUCCGUGAGGCGUGAAGAGAAGACCGGCAGAAAGCGUCAACGUGAACUCGAACGCGAAAAGAAGGAGGAGGGGAAACGGCAGAGGCGCGAGGAAAAGGCCAGGCUCCGAAAGCUGAAGCUCGAGGAGACCGGGGAGAAGCUGCGCAUGGUCAAGCAGGCUGCCGGCGCGGUAGGAAAGCAACUCCGGGAGGAGGAGUGGAUGCAGUUUCUCGACGACGCCUGGGACAACGACAAGUGGGAGGAGGAGAUGAAGAGGCGGUUCGGCGACGACUACUACGCCAUGGAGGACAGAGCGGCCAAGUCGGAUGACGAGGCCGAAUCCGGCGCGAGCAGGAAGAAGAAGGGCCCCAAGAAGCCCAAGUGGGACGACGACAUUGACAUCAAAGACAUUAUCCCCGACUUUGAGGACGACGAGGCCAGGCCGCCGAUAGCCCUCAGCGACGACGACAACGCGGGCGAGCACGCGGAAGGGGACGAUGACAGCGGAGACGACCAAGACCGUCCGCCCAAGAAGCGCAAGACGACAGACCACAAGCGCGCCCGGCUCGAGACGCAGCAGGCAGCCCGCCGGGAGCGCAGCCGGCUCGAGGCGCUCGUCGACUCCAAGCUCGAGCUCACCAACCACGAGCUGCUGAGCAAGGCGUCGGCGUCGGCGUCGUCGGCGGCCCCGGCGGCCACGGCGUUCCGGUACCGCGAGACGUCGCCGCAAUCGUUUGGCCUGACGGCGCGCGACAUCUUGCUGGCGCCGUCGGACCAGGCGCUCAACGACUUUGCCGGCCUCAAGAAGCUCGCGUCGUUCCGCGACGAGCAGAAGAAGCGGCGCGACCGCAAGCGCCUCGGCAAAAAGGCCCGGCUCCGCGAGUGGCGCCGCGGCACGUUUGGCCGCGAGUUUGAGGCCGCCGGCCCGACGUACGGCUUUGAGCGCGUGGCCGCCGACGCCGACGACGCGGGCGCCGAGAUGUCGCAGCAGCGCGACGGCGGCGGCGACGGCGGCGCUAGCAGGAGCAAGGGCACCGCCAAGGAGUCGAAGAGGGGGGACGCAGGCCAAGGGCAGGGCAACGUCGUGGGCGAUGUCGGCGGCGCGCGCAAGAAGAAGAGAAAGCGGUCCAAGGGCAAGGGCGGUGUGGCGGCUGAGGAUGCUUAG